AUGCGGUGGGGCCUGUGUCAGCUUUCUCCUCUGAUUCUCUCUAUGUGCUCAUUGGCUUUAACGGUACGUCAGGCCACGGCUACGGCACGCGAGGAGCUCGAGGCAUUGCCUUCCCAGAGAAGAAGCGGCAGAGAUGUUAAUUCUCCGGCUCCUGUCGACUGUCAGCUGAGCCAGUGGUCAGAAUGGACUGAUUGCUUUCCUUGCCAAGAGAAAAAACACCGGUACCGGAGGCUGGUGCAGCCAGCGGGGUUCUCGGGGCGGCGAUGCGCGGGGCACUUCUGGGGCGAGCAAGCUUGCCGUGCCGAGACGACCUGCACUGGACCCCCCGGCUGCGGGAAGGACUUUCGGUGCGAGGAAACGGGUCGCUGUAUUAAACGGCAUCUUGUGUGCAACGGAGAGCCAGACUGCAGAGAUGGCUCUGAUGAGGAUAACUGUGAGGAUGAAGAUAUCGAAAGCCCUUGUGAACAUCUGUUCCCAAUUCCAGGGUCUGAAAGAGCAGCCCAAGGAUACAAUAUCUUAACACAGGAAGAGAGCCAGUACGUAUAUGAUCCUAAUUUUUUUGGAGGCCACUGUGAGUAUGUCUACAAUGGAGAGUGGCGGGAGCUGAAGUACGACGCUGUGUGUGAACAUCUGUACUACGGAGACGACGAGAAGUAUUUCCGCAAACCUUACAACUUUCACAUAUACCAAUUCCUAGCUCAUGCUGAUUCUGGAUUCGCUUUUGAGUUUUACGAUGAUUCAAAGGAUCUGCUUGAUGCCCUUAAAAGUGAUAAAUCCAGAACAAAAGGCUUUACCAUUGGAAUUGGGCCUGAAAAAUCACCUUUCCAGUUAGACUUGGGCUUCACUUUAUCAGCCGGCAAAGGAUCCCUGAAGAAUUUCACUCAAUACACUGCAAAGGAUGUUGGAUUCAUUAGAGCUGUGACGAAGGUGCAGACGGCCCGUUUCAAGAUGAGAAGGGACAACAUCGUUUUGGAUGAAGAUGUGCUGCUCUCCUUGCGGGAGCUUCCAGACACCUACAACUAUGGCAUGUAUGCCAAAUUCAUCAAUGACUACGGCACCCACUUCAUGACAUCCGGCACUAUGGGAGGCAUCUUUGAGUACAUCCUUGUCAUUAACAAAGAGGAAAUGAGAAGAAAAGACAUCAGCGCCGAAGAGAUAAGUGCCUGUGUUGGCUGGUCAAUUGGCCUUACAGACAGCGAGAAUAAACUGCAUCUGGAAGCGUCUGUGUCAUCCUCCGACUGUGCAAAGAAAGGAUUUCUGAAAACCGUCAACUUUUCAGAUACUGAGAGCAACAGCGCAGUUGUGGAAGAUAUUAUUCCCCGGAUUAGAGGUGGAGAUACCAGUUACAGCGGAGGGCUCUUAAACAGUUGGGAUGGCAAUAUGUAUCGUCACUGGGGAAGGUCAUUAAAAUAUAAUCCUGCUGUUAUUGAUUUUGAGCUGCAGCCCAUCCACGAAAUUCUCCGCAGAAGCAACCUUGGCGACAUGGAAACCAAACGGCAAAACCUGAAACGGGCUUUGGACGAUUACUUGUUGGAAUUCAAUGCCUGCCGCUGUGGACCGUGCCAGAACAACGGUGAACCCGUUUUGGUGGGAGACACGUGUUUCUGCCAGUGUCGACCAGGUUAUGGAGGCCCUGCCUGCGAGCAGACCAAGCGCCAAGGCGGGGCGACGAAUGGGCGCUGGAGCUGCUGGUCCCAGUGGGGUCCCUGCCAGUCGGACACGGCGCGGCGCAGCCGGCAGUGCAACAACCCAUCCCCGCAGGACGGCGGGGAGCCCUGUGCCGGGAGGGACCUGCAGAGCAAAGCCUGCUGA